CGCCGCGCACAGAGUGGCGGUCUAGCGGACGCGAGCGACUACAACGAACGGAGCCGGUGGCCCGAGUCGUCAUUCGGCACCAUGAGCGGCUACCUGCAGGACCUCGAUGAGCGCCAACGCACCACACUUGAACAGUUCCGCGAAGCUGUGGCCGACGUCCGGGGGCCAGAGCACACGGACGCCAACCUACUGCGAUGGCUUCGAGCACGCGAGUUCGACUUGGACCGGGCGGAGCACAUGUUUCGACAGCACCUGCGAUGGCGCCAGCAGAACGGCGUGGACACCCUGCUCACGGACUACAAAGUGCCCAAGGUGAUGCGCGACCACUUUCCAGGGGGCAUCUUGGACUGCAAUCCGAAGGGACACCCCCUCUGGAUCAUAAACAUCGGCAGCGUGGACAUAAAGGGUUUUCUACAGGUGCUGCCUCAGGCGGACAUUUACCGCCACUGCAUGUACCUGCUCGAGCUGCAAGAGAAGAUAAAAAAGGACACGUCGCGCAAGCUGGGAAGAGAGAUCGAGACGCAGUACGUGAUCAUGGACUACGAGGGCUUUUCAGUGCGCCAGCUUUACUCCUGGCAAGUGCUCAACCUUCUGACGGACUUGCUCAAGAUGUAUGAGACAAACUUUCCGGAGUCCCUUGAGAAGGCAUUCGUCAUCAAUGUGCCCAGUUUCUUUCCUGUCCUGUGGAAAAUCGUGCGGCCGCUUAUGACGCAGAGGACGGUGAACAAAGUUGGCAUCUACGGCAAAGACGGCUGGAAGGCCGCCAUAGCCGAGUGCAUGGACGUGUCCAAGCUGCCGGCCCAAUGGGGAGGCACCCUGAAGGGACCGGACGGUGACCCGCGCUGCCCGCACCUGGUGUGUCCCGGCGGCGAGGUGCCGGAGGAGUACCACGGCGAGCUCAUCUCCAAGCGGCUCUGGGGCCGCGAAGGCGUGCAGCAGUUCUGCGUCGAUCGGCGCGGUCGCUACGAGAUGCCCGUGGCCGUGGACCAGGCCGGCUGCCGGAUCCGGUGGACCUUCCAGACGGCCAAGGGAGAGCUGGCCUUCGGAGUUCGCUUCCAGCCACCGGCAGGUGGCGGAGGAGGCGUGGAGGAGCAGCUGCUCGAGGUGCAUCGGGUGCCCUCCUGCAGCCUGGUGCCCGAGCAUGGGUCGCAUGUCUGUACAAAGCCCGGAACGUAUGUGCUGCAGUUCGACAAUUCGUUUAGCUGGAUGAGCAGCAAGGAGGUGGCAUACGAGAUCCAGGUCGUGCCGCCACCACCACCCGCCAGCUGAUGUGGCGGACGCGGGGAGGAAAAACCCCAGCGUUUUGUACGAAUACCGCGAGAGGGCAUAGUCCUCCACUGAGGUCAUUCAGCCGCAGCGGUAUAAACACGAGCUUUUCCUCACUUGUUUAUGAAUAUUGUUGCGAGCGUACCUGUGGCCUGCUUUACUAACACUCGACAUUCAGUUUUCAUGUGCCUGCGUGGCAAAUCUUCAUAUAUGGCAAAUAAUUGUUCAAAUAAGCAGUUGAACUUGUCACGAAAUGUACAUCAGUGUAAUAAAUGAACGACGAUUCAUUAGUGUAUGUAUGCCGUCAAUCUAGGUAAUAUUUACACUCGAAUGAUAAUUUCCGGUGGUUAAUCCGGGCCUCCGAGUCGAAUUGCAAGACGCCCCAGAUCCGAGUAAGAGAAAGCAUGCACCGACCGAACGGCAGAUCACCUUGCGGAGCAGUAUCAGGGUUAAGGAAGUGAGGGCCGAGGGGAACUUUCAGUGACGGCCUAUUGAACGCCGAGCUUCACAUAUCACUGUAGUAUCACGGUGAGCAAGAACACAAGCCAGACAAUAUCUAUCUAUCUAUCUAUCUAUCUAUCUAUCUAUCUAUCUAUCUAUCUAUCUAUCUAUCUAUCUAUCUAUCUAUCUAUCUAUCUAUCUAUCUAUCUAUCUAUCUAUCUAUCUAUCUAUCUAUCUAUCUAUAUAUAUAUAUAUAUAUAUAUAUAUAUAUAUGCGUGGAUCUGCUAUCGCGAACACCAGAGAGCAGCGGAGCUGGGGAAAGCCUAGUAAAGUAGUGGCAAAUCACACACUUAGUCUAACUUUUGCUGGGCUUCUCCCAUCUCCGCUGGUCUCUGGUGUUUGCGGUAGCAGAGCCAAGCAUAAUUUUUUUUUCCACUGCGAGAAAGAGGACCGCCGAAGCGAGCGCCCAUUAGCACCGUUAGUCCCAAGUCGUUGCAUGUUGUGAAAGUUCCUGAGCUCCCGCAACCCAGGAUCUUCCAGUCUCCUCUGCUUCCUGGCGCUCAGGAUUUCUUUGCGAUGUUCUGCGUAGGAUCGCGAUGAAUUCAACCGGCCACGUUCAUGAGCCUCCGGAUAUAGAUUUCUUGGCUUACGCGAACUCUCGGCUUCCCUCAGUCUAAACUCGGGAUGUUCUGCGACGCUUGGUUUCAGCUUCCCCAGCUGUCACUUCAGUCUUUCGGAAGCGACGAGUGUCCAGUUUUCUGGUCGAAACCCGCCGAGCCACCACCAGAGGCAUCGGCUGCAGUCACGGACACCAGGUGCGUUCGGCGCGAACGCGGGGAAACGCGGUCGGCGUCGGCAGCAGCUCUACGCGUCCCUCUACCACCUGCCUCACUGUUCCUAUCCACCUCGCAGCCUCUUAGCUGCGCGAUGCUAUUUUUAUACUCUGAUUUCACUCUCUCUCAGCUCUCUCUCCCUCAGCUCGGUGAAGCUGUGGACGACGGAAUGAUCAUUAUAGCGAGGUUCUAACAGCUCCGCUGUGAAAUGGUGGGCUACGAAAGCGACUGCUGCAGUGGCCGUCAUUUGCGAGACUGUACUACGUCAGCAGAGCAAGUUUUCACCUCUCGAUAAGGUGCUGUCACUGCUUGCCUUUGGACUCAAGUCAAGAACUGAAGGUGCCGCUAACAAAUGCUAACGUUGCCGCUCUGCCAUUGUCGACGUGGGGCACACAAAGCACGACCCAGCACAAUUACGAAACCGCCUAAACCACAUAAACGGCCGAGCCGACACCGGCAAAAGGCGCGCUGGCGGAAGCUGCAUAGCGCUCGCGUGACCGGAAACCGGGCGGAUCUCGCAAUUGCUCCGACGUCAUCGGUGGGAGCAUUUCUGGGUGCUCCAAGUCGGAUUUCGGCGAUCUGAAAGAACCAAGCAAAUGUAUAGUUGGAGCGCCCUUUUUCGACCACUCGAACUAGUUGACUACUCUGGAGCGCUCCGAAACGACCACCCGAAGAUGCCAUAAGAAUACUACACUUAUUGGGGCGUACCUUUGUCCCCCCAAAAUAAUCGUCAUCUAUCUUGCGCACCUCGCCUUUCUUUAACGCUGUGCGACCGCUACUUCCAGGUCCCGAAUGGCACGCGCGUUACCAGAGUGACAGAAUUCUUGACCGGAUAGUAGCGAACAGAUAGUUUUCAAGACAGGAAACAUAAGUUAGACAGAUGACGAUUACAGUUGGGGAACAAAGGUAGGCCCAAAACUGUUUUUAAAGCGUAGACAAGAACAGUCACUGGAAGUAAAUUCUUUUGACGUUGCGCUCAAUACAUCAUUUGAGAGGCUUAGAUAAUCCAAAAUCCUAAUAUUCACACGUUUGCACGCCGCACGUCAGAGGCAUUUUAACGUGGAAAUUCUCCGUAGAAUAUAUACUCUUAAAAUGAAAAAGAAAUACUGUCAUCCACCCAAUAGUAACCCGAAACUACAAAUGAAAACCCGGACGGGUUUCGGUUCAUGAAACGUUUACGUGAAAUUUUCUCCACUUUGCAGGCUGCCGCUGAACAGAUUUGGCUUACUCUGCAUGUACCCGCCCACUUAUUUCAAGGCGGUGAAUGUUGCAUCUUGGAUGUAUUCCAUGGAAUAGACUGGCUUGCAGCAUUUCUUUCAGUGCACUUUGCUUACGACACUGGCAGACGAUGCCCGCUUGCGGAAAACGAGCCAUACCGAAAAUAUGGUACUAUGCGCUACUUCCCGUCCUGUCGGUCAACCAAUAAAUGUUUCUUUU